AUGAUGUUGAAUCCCAAGAAGUGUAUCCUGGGGGUCACUUCGGGAAAGUUCCUGGGCUAUCUUGUUUCCCGACGAGGGAUUGAAGCGAAUCCAGACAAGGUGAAGGCAAUUCAAGAAAUGUCCCCACCUCGGUGCGUCCGCGAUGUACAGAGGCUCACAGGGCGGUUGGCUGCCCUGAACCGGUUCCUAUCGCAGUCCGCAUCUAAGGCCCUACCAUUUUUUAAAGUUCUCAAAAAGGCCAAUAACUUCUCCUGGACUGAGGAGUGUCAGAAGGCAUUUGAGCAGUUAAAGGAAUACCUCUGCCGCCUCCCAACACUCACCUCACCUCGCUCCGGGGACAAGUUGUUCUUGUACCUGUCCGCCGCCGCCGAAGCGAUAUACUCAAGCGGAGAAGCUCGUGCUAGCCUUGAUUCACGCAGCUCGAAGGCUCAAGCCUACUUCUUGGCUCACCACGUCUGCUUGAGGACAGACCAGCCGCUCCGGCAGGUCUUGUCACGACCGGAGGCCUCUGGGCGCCUCACCAAGUGGGCCAUCGAGAUGGGGGAAUACGACUUAUCCUAUGAACCGCGCAAGGCGAUUAAAGCUCAGGCCCUCGCAGACUUCCUUGCCGAGCUCACUUUUGACCAGGUGCAGGUGGCCACCCCGGCUACUAUCCAGGCUCCCACUCCGUCCACCCCCGAGACUCAGCGCUGGAUCUUACAUGUGGACGGCUCGUCCAAUAGUGGGGGAAGUGGAGCCGGGCUGCUCCUCGAAGAUCCCCAAGGAGAUGUGUGCUCAUACGCUCCAAGAUUUGACUUCGCAGCCUCUAAUAAUGAGGCUGAGUACGAAGCGGUUAUAGCCGGACUGCAGCUUGCCCGUAAGCUCGGAGCCGCGCACAUUCUAGUCUACAGUGAUUCUCAGCUCGUCGUGUGUCAAAUACUAGGCGAAUACGAGGCCAAGGAGGAGGCAAUGCAACGUUACCUCUCCAAAGUCCUUCAGCUGGUGGCUCACUUCGAGUCUUUCGAAAUCCAGAGAAUCCCGCGAUCGCAAAACAGGAGAGCCGAUGCUCUCUCCCGGCUUGCUUCGACCUCUUUUGCCGACCUGAACAAGACUGUUCUCGUCGAAGUCUUAGCCGAGCCGGGGUAUGAAGGAGGAGAAGUGUACCCCAUUUACUCCGAGGACACCUGGAUGGGACCACUAGUUCGAUUCCUCGGCCAAGGUGAACUCCUCGAAGACCGAGCUGAGUCACGUAAGCUUCAACGUAAAGCAGCUCGGUACACUCUUCGACAAGGCCUCUUAUACAAGAGGAUGCUGGUGAAAAAAACUUUAUUACUCGGGUACUUCUGGCCCACCAUGAAGAUGGACGCCCAGGUCAUGGUCCUUUGUUGCCCCUCUUGUCAGCACCAUGCUCCUGAGCACCACCAGCCGACCAAUUUAAUGAUUCCUAUCACCUCCCCCUGGCCCUUUGAGCAAUGGGGAACUGAUAUAAUCGGCCCCUUCCCAAUGGCUCCAGGUAAUUAUGUCUACGUGGUGGUAGCAGUAGACUACUUCACUAAAUGGGUCGAAGCAGAAUCCCUGAGAAGCAUUACCGGAGUGGCUGUCAAAAAAUUCUUCUGGAAAAACGUGGUUUGCCGCUUCGGCCUUCCUCGGGUGAUCAUCUCGGAUAACGGCCGGCAGUUCGCCGACAACCCUUUUAAGGCCUGGUGUGAAGAGCUCGGGAUCAAAUAA